CGGGGGUAUGGUAUCCUGUUUUUUAAGUGCGGGGAAGCCUGUUCAUCUCGCCGCGUUUCCCCUUCAAAGAAAUCUCGACCAAGAGAGUUGGAAUAGCUAAGGAUGGAGAGUUUAGUUAACCAUUUUAUCCCAGCAGACUCAGACCCUCUCUUCUGCUCGGUUGCAGCAUAUUUGUAGGAUAAUUGAAGUUCACAAAGAAUAUUAUAUAGGGACGGGGCUUGUAAGCUUACGUAACGAGUCCUUUUUCUCAGGUAGCUGUCCACGUGACCCUCCAGCUAUAGGGAACCACGACAGCCUAACCCGGAUUGGUCAGCUCCGACUUCGUUCGCUGCGUUUCCAGGACGUGUAGGACCGAGACGACGACGACUUGCGCCUCAACAUCACCAAAAUCACUAUCUUCACCUCCCUUCCCACGACCACGAAAUAGCCUCACCUCCUCCCAAACCUUUGUUGCUGGACCCGCAUUUUGUUCUUUGCUUUGCCUUUUCUCUUUACGCCAGCUUACCCUUGUCUCUCCCUUUGACCUGUUCUCUCAUAGUACUGGGCGCCGUCGUUGUCCCAAUUUGAUCUCUCUUUCACAACGCAUUUCUCAACAAGGCGCCUCGUCUCUGGCAAAAUACUUUAAACGGAGCAUCACUAGACACUAUGGUUGGGCUUGUUUCCGCUGACGGCUUGGUCGGCUUUCUCUCCGAGCCCGAUCCUGAGCUGAAGAUGUUUGCGCUCAAAGCUUUGGACGCCCAAGUUGACCUGCUCUGGACUGAAAUUGCGGAUUCUAUUGACCAAAUAGAGGCACUCUACGAAGAUGAAUCUUUCCCGGAACGUGAGCUGGCGGCUCUGGUUGCCUCCAAGGUAUAUUACCAUCUUCAGGAAUACAAUGAGAGCAUGGUGUUUGCCCUUGGCGCCGGAAAGCUGUUAAAUUUGGACCAUGGUGGCGAGUUUGAGGAGACCAUAAUAUCGAAAUGCGUGGAUACGUUUAUCUCGAUAUCUGCUAGCCCGAAACCUCAGAACUCCGCCCAAGCUGCUAACAAGGUUCCUCGUCUGAAUACGUCAUUCCCUCUAACCGCAAAUGGGGCUACCAGCACUUCCGCAGGACUUACCUCACCCAUCACUCCAUUCUCCCAGUCUGCCCUACCGUCAAAAUCACUCCUUUCACGGCAAGACUCAGUUUCACUGGAAACCGGUGGCGAAGAUAUCGGUGCGGAUCCCAGUGAACUCCCACUUGUUAUCCAGCGCGGUGUUCAGAAACAACUUCAUGGUGUCAUUGAAAGGUUAUUCGAGCAGUGUUUCCGCGAGAAACGCUACCGCCAGGUCGUUGGAAUUGCCGUUGAAGCAAAGAAUCUCGACGUCCUUCGUACUGCUAUCUUGCGUGCGAGUGAGGAUGAGAAAAAGGAAAAUGGGGAGUCAUCUCGGAGUGGUGAGGAACUUAUGGAAUAUGUUUUGGAUAUCUGUAUGAGCGUUGUUCAAGAAAGGGCCUUUCGAAAUGAGAUCCUUAAAUUGAUUCUCGAGCUCUUAAACGAAAUCCCUUCUCCUGAUUAUUUUUCCAUCGCAAAAUGUGUUGUCUACCUUAAUGAACACUCAAUGGCUUCGGAUAUACUGCGUCAGCUCGUUGAAAAAGGAGACCCGCGUUCUCUUUCUGUGGCCUAUCAAAUUUCCUUCGACUUGUACGACAACAGCACUCAGGAAUUUUUGAGAAAGGUCCGACAAGAAAUCAGCCAACUUAUCCCCGAAUCGAGCGAGACAGAAUCUCAGAAUAUGGGACAUGACGGCAGCGCAGCCAAGGAAACGGAUUCUCUACUCCAAAAUCAAGAGGGUGCACCCGAUACUUCAAACAGUCGGAGCUUAGGCGCCGGAAAUGAGAAGGACAAGUUAUCCGAGGACGCGCGGGCGGCCUUCAAGUCCAUCUGCGACAUCAUCGACGGAGUCAAUUCGAUCCAACUAAAUUUGGAAUUCCUAUACCGAAACAACAAGGCCGAUAUUUCUGUUCUCAACAAGAUAAAAGACAGCUUGGAAGCUCGUAACUCCAUUUUUCAUAAUGCCGUCACACUAGCCAAUGCCUUCAUGCAUGCAGGAACAACACACGACAAGUUCUUCCGUGAUAACCUCGAAUGGCUCGGCAAGGCCGUUAACUGGUCCAAGUUCACCGCUACAGCGGCUCUGGGUGUGAUCCAUCGAGGAAACCUUACACAGGGACAGAAACUCUUAGCACCAUACCUUCCCAAAGAGAAUAUUGCAGGAGUCGGAGGCGCGGGAUCAGUGUAUAGCCAAGGCGGUUCAUUGUAUGCCUUUGGCCUAAUUUACGCCAACCACGAGGGCUGGGCUGUCGAUUUGAUUCGGGAACAUUUUACGAAAGCAACGGAAGAAGUAGUCCAACACGGUGGAGCACUGGGUCUUGGCGUCGCGGGAAUGGCUACCGGUGAUGAAGGCAUUUACAAUGACCUCAAAGUUGUCCUUGAAACUGAUUCCGCUCUUAAUGGAGAAGCUGUGGGUCUUGCGAUGGGUCUGGUUAUGCUUGGGAGUGGCAACAUGAAGGCCUUGGAAGAUAUGAUCCGAUAUGCCCAUGAUACGCAACAUGAAAAGAUCAUCCGCGGAGUUGCCAUGGGAAUGGCUCUUAUCAUGUAUGGGCGACAGGAAGCUGCGGAUGAAUUGAUCAAUGGCCUCUUGGGUGAUCCUGAUCCUACGCUACGCUACGGUGGUAUUAUGGCCAUUGCCCUCGCUUACUGCGGGACAGGUAGCAAUAAGGCAGUCCGACGACUCUUACAUGUUGCUGUUAGUGAUGUCAGCGAUGACGUACGGAGAGUCGCUGUGAUGAGUCUUGGAUUCAUUCUCUUCCGCAAGCACCAGAGUGUUCCUCGCAUGGUGGAGCUUCUUUCUGAAUCCUACAACCCGCAUGUCCGUUACGGCGCUGCUAUGGCACUCGGAAUAUCCUGCGCUGGAACCGGGCUGGACGAAGCCGUAGAUCUUCUAGAACCAAUGUUAAAGGAUCCAACGGACUUUGUGCGACAGGGCGCACUGAUUUCUUUGGCGAUGGUGCUUGUUCAGCAAAACGAGGCAAUGAACCCCAAGGUUGGCGCCAUCCGCAAGACGAUGCAGAAGAUGAUCGGGGACAGGCACGAAGAUGCCAUGGCUAAAUUCGGGUGUGCGCUUGCCCUGGGAAUCAUCGACGCAGGCGGGCGUAAUUGCACUAUCAGCUUACAAACGCAGACUGGCAACUUGAAUAUGCCUGGAAUUGUUGGAAUGGCUGUUUUCGUACAGUACUGGUAUUGGUUCCCGCUUUCGCAUUUCCUUUCGUUGAGUUUCACGCCUACGGCUGUGAUCGGAGUCGACCAGAAACUGGAGGUUCCUGUCUUUAAGUUCCACAGCAAUACCCGACCUAGCCUUUUCGACUACCCCCCUAAACAGCAGGUUAAAGCGGAUGAAGCGCCUGAGAAAGUUAAGACCGCUGUUCUUUCAACCACAGCUCAGGCUAAACGACGUGCUCAGCGGAGAGAAAAGCAGCAGCGCCGGGAAAGCAUGGAGAUCGACCAAACCCCUACGACUCCUAAGGUAUCGACACAACAUCUCGACAAGAUGGAUGUCGAUGAGAGCGCAGUGAAAACUGAGGACGAAGGGAAGGAUCGCGAGAAGGAGGAAACCCCAGCUGAAGCGCCAAAGCGAAAAGUGGAGAAGGAGAAAGUAGGCUAUGAGCUGGAGAAUAUGUCUCGAGUCCUUCCAGCGCAAUUGAAAUACCUAACCUUCCCCGAUCCGCGAUAUGAGCCCGUCAAGCGCCCAACCGGAGGAGUCGUUGUCGUUCUUGAUAAGGCGCCCUCAGAGCCACGUGAGAUCAUCGAGCUCCGGGCUAGUAGGGAGACAAAACAGACAGCGGCCGGAGAGACGAUCCAGGAUCGAAUCAAUGCUGCUAUGACCGCGCUGGAGCAACCUGUUGUUGUCACUGGCCCAUCUGGUGGAGCGGCAGCGGCGGCUGGUGUUCUUACCGCAGUUGAUGAGGAUGAAGAGGGAGCUGAAGAAGCUCCAGUGCCUAACGAGUUCGACUAUUAUUCUGAUAACGCGGAGGAGUAAGGGAUUGCAUGAAGUGAGAGCGGGUGGUGCCUCGCUUCUAUGUAAUAAUUCUGCUAUGUUCUCCGGGUCACUAGAAUGGUAGAACGGAGAAGCACAGAAAGCGGUGGGGGCGUUUCUUCUCUCCCCACAUCCCCCAGAUAUUCUGGUUGCAAGUUGCCCCUUAGUUUCUUCCCCUGCUUUUGGACUUUUCUCUUUGUCGACUACUACUAGGGCUAACAGGCUUUCAUACCUGGUUGAUCCCUCCUUGGAACUAGCAUUCACAUGUAUUUCUAUUUUUGAGUUUUCCCCCCCAAUACCUAUGCAUUUCCGUCCUCGUAGCAUAUAUAUGGAGUGCAUUAAAGAAAUAUAUGUUCUACUAGAAUAAUACACAGCAUGUUUUGGCAUUAACGAAAGAUCAGGGGAGUAGAGUAGAACUUGUAUAGUUUUCAAGACCAUCGCAAAGCUCAAUCCCAUAGGACUUUCCCAAGUUGAAAUCAUUAUGAACGAAUCCUACUAGCUAUAGCUUCGCCGUUGGCAACAAGAAAACCAUCUCUUCCCAUCCCAACCUGAAUAUUUGCAUAUGGUUUCACAUGCCCAUAAAAGCCUCUGUAAGGCCAUUCAUUGCACCGAUCCACUAAACCGGAAUUCUUUCAUUCUUUCUGGGGAUUAUUGGGACCUCGGUCCUCACA